AUGUUGACAGUAGUCAGAAAUGGACAAGAAUGGCCGCCUCAAGAACCUGAUAGUACGUCAGUGUGUUCGGCCAAGUCAAACGACGAACCUUGUUAUUUAGCUGGUGACAAACGAGUGAAUCAAAAUACACAGCUGACACUACUACAAGUAAUUUUACUCCGUAACCACAAUCGCAUAGCAAAUGAACUUGCACACUUAAACCCGCAUUGGAACGAUGAGACACUCUUCGAAGAAGCAAGACGCAUCCACAUCGCUGAAAUGCAACAUAUCAAUUAUUACGAAUAUUUACCUAAUAUUCUUGGUUUCGAAAAUAUGAAGCAGAGAAAGUUAAUCUAUCCUGGAGCUGUUGGAUAUGUUAAUGAUUAUGAUCCCAACGAGGACCCUUCUAUUAUUAACGAACAUGCUACUGCUGCCUUAAGGUAUUUCCAUACUCUCAUACGUGGGUUUUUAAGGCGUAUAUCCAAAGAUCAAGAACUAGCUGGAGUUGUACGCUUGAGCGACUGGAUGAACAAACCGUCAAUUUUGGAAAGUAAUAAUAGUUUCAACGAGUUGACCAGAGGCCUUACUAUGCAAAAAAUGAGUGAAAGUGAUGAGUACUAUACCGAUGAAUUAACGAAUUACCUUUUCAGGGGCAACAGAACAUUCGGUAGUGACCUGCGAGCAAUUGACAUACAACGUGGUCGCGACCACGGUCUCGGUAGUUACAUUGCGACCCGUGCUGCCUGCAAAUUACCCGUUCCAAAGACAUUCCGUGAUAUGCGUGACUAUAUCUCUGAAAAGAAUGUAGAUCUGUUGCAACACUUGUACGCAUCACUUGAAGAUGUCGACUUAGUGGUAGCAGGUUCCUUGGAGCGCCAUGUUCCUGGAGCCCUAGCGGGCCCUACCUUCUUCUGCAUUUUGACUAAACAGUUCUACCGAACACGGGUUGGAGACAGAUAUUUCUAUGAGAAUGGAGCGGAUCCUCAGAUCGCCUUUUCUCCAGCUCAGUUGAAGGCGAUACGCAAGGGCGCGAACAUGGCACGCUUCCUCUGUGAUAAUACUAAAGGAAUAGAUCGCAUGCAACGCAAGGCAUUUGAACUGGUGUCUUGUGAAAAUCCAAUAAUACCUUGUGAUCAAUUACCUUUUAUCGAUCUAAGUCAAUGGCGGGAAUAA